AUCUCCUGGUAUCCUGGGCACAUUGCGAAAGCUGAGAAAGUUCUUCAGGAUGUUCUCAGCGCUGUUGAUGUCGUUGUGGAGGUGAGGGAUGCAAGGAUACCCAUUUCCACGUCGCAUCCGAUGAUUGACAAUUGGCUGAAGAACAGAAAAGCUACCAGAAUCAUUUGCAUGAGCAAGGUAGACAUGGUCCCGGCAUCAUCCAUCAGCAUGUGGAAAGCAUUCUUGGAGAACAGCAUGAAUACGUCUGUCGUUUUCAUGAACUGCAAGGAGGGGGGAGACGGUCUCAUACACCUCAAACGAGCCAUCAAGAAGGAGAGGGAAAAGGUUAACACUCGCCGAGAGGAACGAGGAAUAGCUCCGCGCAAUGUGAAGGUAGCAGUGAUUGGUUACCCCAAUGUUGGAAAGUCCGCCCUGUUAAAUCGUCUGGCGGGAAUGAAGAAGGCGAAGUCAGAAAACAGAGCAGGAGUGACGAAAUCGUUGCAAUGGUCGAGGGUGGAAGGAUACGACCUUUUGGACUCUCCCGGGAUUAUUCCUGCCAAGUUGUUGACGCAAGAGAUUGCGUUGCAUCUUGCAAUCUGCGAUGACAUCGGCAAGGCAUCCUACGACACCAUCCUCGUUGCUGCACAUCUGGUCGAUGAGAUUCGCAAGGUUGGUUUUUCUCUUCCCUCCUAUGUGGAUCUCGGAGGGUUUCAGCGGCGGUACAACCUUCCCAUCGGGACAAUGAGUGGAGAAGAGUACAUCUUCAGACUUGCUCACACUAAAUUCUUCGGCCUGGAACUGCCAGCGGCUGAAAGAAUCUUGGAUGACUUCAGGGGAGGAAGGCUUGGGGUGUUCGCACUCGAGCCUCCUCCGACG